GUCACAAAAAAAGUGUGUCGUUUGAAAGAACCGCAAGCAGGCUUUCGUUUUGCACGCAGGAAAAAUCAGGAAAAUUUUCUAAAACUUUCUAAGAGAGAAAAAUGGAGUACUUGACAGUGCAGUUGGUUGGCGAAAACAACGCCGUGGUCCGGUUCGUGAUCAGUACCGUCACCCCGAUGCAAAAGGUAAUGGAUAUUUAUUGCAAGCGUCUGGGCUUGCACCGGUACGAGGCCACCUUCCAAUACAACGGCCACGGGAUCAAGAUGGACGAUACUCCGAUGUCUCUGGAGAUGAAGGACAUGGACUUCAUUUAUGUCUACACGCGCCAGCUAAUGGGCGAUGUCUGGUUCAAGGAGGACGCCGACAAGUUCUAGAUUCGAGAAUUACAGGAUGAUGUUGCACUUUCCAAAAGAUCUUUUGGGGAGUUUUUCUCCUCAGCUCUACACGAAUAGCUUUAUAUUAUUCUAACAUUUAAGAAAUCUCUAAACAAGACGGAAGAAAAAAAAAGGAAAAAUGAAAAAAUCGCACUAAUACAAAAGAAUGAAAACACGCAUGUUCUACUCGUUUUCGGGCCUAUGGAGGAAUCUUUUUACCAGAGCUAUACACAAACACCUCAACUAUAAUCUCGCAUUGAAGAAAGCUCCAACGAGGCCUGAAGAAAAUCUAAACAAA